UUUUUCCUUUGCCUAUUGGUAUUCCAGAAUCCAAGGCCUCGGAAGUUUGACCGUGGUAGAAGAUUCAGCUGUCCCAGGAAAGUAACUGUGCCUAAGGUUGUGGAAUUGCCCUCUAAGCUGAGUGUAUGGUUUGCAUGAUAUCCCUGUUCACUUUCAACUAGUAUGGUCUGUGGACAUGACUUUCAUGUUGGAGUAAGAGGCGGCAUUUCUGACACUGCGGCAGACUGGUGUGGACCUCAGUAGCUUCUUUCUUCUGGUGUCAGUAACAGGCCUUUCACCAUGAACAAUUCUACUCCAGCUACAGGUGAUGAGAAUGAUGAGAAGAAACUUAGAGAAGGGAGAUCGCCACGCUCAGCUUCACGUGUCCUUCAUCUUGGUCAAAUUCCAAGUGAUGCGACUGAAGCAGAUGUCAUUUCAUUAGGCCUCCCUUUUGGCACAGUAACCAACCUCUUGAUGCUAAAAGGGAAAAACCAGGCAUUUUUGGAAAUGGCUUCUGAAGAAGCUGCGGUUACUAUGGUGAACUACUAUACUACUGCUAGACCUUACCUCUGCAGUCGGCCUGUUUAUAUUCAGUAUUCCAACUACAGAGAACUUAAGACUGACAAUCUACCUAAUCAGGCUAGAGCCCAAGCUGCAUUGCAAGCUAUGAAUGCUAUGCAGUCUGGAAACCUGGCUACUGCAAGUACUCCCAUUGCUGAAGGUGGGCCCCUUCCAAGUCAAGGUUCUGUUCUUUGGGUCAUUGUUGAAAAUCUUCUCUACCCUGUCACUUUAGACGUGCUGUGUCAGAUUUUCUCUAAAUUUGGUUCUAUCUUGAAGAUUAUCACCUUCACUAAGAACAGUGUGUUCCAAGCUUUGAUCCAGUAUGCUGAUCCAAUGAAUGCAUAUUAUGCCAAAACGGCUCUGGAUGGCCAAAGUAUUUACACUGCAUGCUGCACUCUGCGUAUUGGUUUCUCCAAGUUAGCUAGCCUUAAGGUAAAGUACAACAAUGAGAAAAGCAGAGAUUUCACUCGCCUUGACCUUCCUUCUGGUGAUAGCCAACUGCCCCUGGAGCCAUGCGUAGCUCCUGCCUUUGGCACCCCAAAUGUUAUCUUCUCAUCAUAUGCAGGGCCUGCUGAGUUUGCCCCAGGCAUGGGCUUUGCUGAAGCUGCUGGUGUUUCAGUUCCAGGUAUUCCUGGAGCACUUGGUUCUGUCACAGUCACCGCACCUGGACAGAUGACUCCUCCUGGUGUUUUUGGUGUUCCAGGAAAUUCUGUUUUACUAGUCAGCAACCUCAACCCUGAAGCCAUCACACCAUAUGGACUUUUCAUCCUGUUUGGUGUGUAUGGUGAUGUGCAUCGUGUGAAGAUCAUGUUUAACAAUAAAGAAAAUGCUUUGAUUCAGAUGGCACAUGCAUUCCAGGCUCAAUUAGCUAUCAGCUACUUGAAUGGACUGACGCUUUAUGGAAAGGUCCUCCACACUAGUCUUUCAAAAUAUCAGGCAGUUCAACUUCCUCAUGAGGGACAACGGGACCAAGGUCUGACAAAGGACUACAGCAACAGCCCUUUACAUCGCUUUAAGAAGCCUGGCUCUAAGAACUUCCAAAACAUCUUUCCUCCAUCUGCCACCCUGCAUCUCUCCAACAUCCCGCCUUCUGUUACUGUUGAUGAUCUGAAGAACCUUUUUGCCAGUACAGGAUCUACUGUGAAAGCCUUCAAAUUCUUCCAACACAAUUACAAAAUGGCUCUUAUCCAGCUGGGCUCUGUGGAAGAAGCAGUUCAAGCUCUCAUUGCGCUUCACAAUCAUGACUUUGGAGAAAACCAUCACCUCCGAGUUUCUUUCACAAAAUCUACAAUCUGACUUUUCUGUGAACUUUCCUUUAAGACUGCAUCACAGUUUUAGUAAAAUCUUCCAACAGGGACUGAAACAGCUGUGACCAGCUCUGUCUCUCAAAAGAAAAAGCUCAUUCAUACACAAAGAAUUAAGUAAUGAUCUUUCCUCAGUUUAGCUGCCAGUACGUGAUCAAAGUUUAAUAUUAAUCCAUAGAGAGAUGAUUCUGUGAAAUUGCUUUAGCAACAAUAUGUAUCAUCAAAUUUCCUACUUAAAAUUAUACUUAGAGAACAUCCUUUUACCUUUUGUCCAAAAUCAGCCUUACAAAACAUUUGGAGUGCUUUUACAGUAUACCAAACAAAUAAUAUUUCUAACAAAAUGGCGAAUCUACUCUAUACAGAUUGAACACUAAUUUGAAUGUGAAAUAGUGCUUGGGUUUCUUGAAGAAAAGCAAGCACUGACUGGGAUUGUCCUCUAAAUAGUAUUUAUGUAACCAGGGGUUUUUUUGAAAACAAUAAGUCUGUGCUGUUCAUAUGGGUUAAAUUAUUAGAGAAAAGGCAGUGCCUUCUCUGUGGAGUAAAAGAUAUUUGAGAAGUUUCUUCAAGAUGUGGUAUCAGAGACUUAGCUUGACUUAACCAUGGAAUGGAAGUUUGAUGUCUUAUUUUUACUAUGAAGUGAUGUGUAAUAGUAUUUUGGAGAAAAUAAGACAAGAAAAUAGUCCUGAUUUCAAAGAAUUUUUUACAUUUCUUUAAAGAAUAAAAUGUUUACAGUGUUAGGGAAAAUAUUCAGGUCUAUGAUAGUUUGACAAGUUUUUAAGAAGUUAUUUUUGUUAAAGUCAUUUUGGGGCAGAAAGAUUAAACCUCAAGAGUUUUUUCUACCACUAUAAUGUCUAAUUCCUAAAUUACUAUGUAUUUACUUAAUUUCUUAUUAUGUGCCUUACUAUGUGCUUAUGAUACAAUAGCUUAGAGUUUUUUCUAAAGUGUCUUGAAAAAAAUAUUGUGGCCUUUGUGAAAAUUCUCUUCUUCCUCUUUUUGGUAAUGUUUCCCUUAAUACUUUUAAUUUUUUUUUUUUAAUUAGGUAAUACUCUGAAUUCUAGUCUCUUCUGCUUUAGUAUAGAGAUUGGAUAGAGGUGGGAAUGAGGUUUAAUUCAUUGCAUAAUCAUGUAGGGAUUCUUUGAAUUUACCUUGUUGCAGUUGUCUGAUACCAGUACUUGGCUGAAAAAAAUUUCACACCCAGAGAAGUGCACUAAAAAAAAACUAUAUAGAGACACCAAACAGCAAAUUCACUGCAGUUUCUGGACUUCAUCUAACUUUGAGAGACAUUGGGUGUAUCAGAAUAUUCUCUUUUGGGUUCCUGCAUUUUUCUCUCAGUAUUGAACUUGAAGUAAUAAAGAGCUGUUGUUCUUUCCUUUGUAAGAAUGCAAAAAUGUUCGAUACUGAAUGUCUGUUUCUCUUUGGAGAAUGAGCUGAGAUGCAAUUAGUUUUGGUGUUGAAAGUACAUAUGAACUUCAGUGACUUCUGACUGUAUUUUAAAAAGUUAAAUUUCUUUUUAAGAGAUUUUUCUUUCCAGUAUUUACUUAACCACCUUUUAAAGAGGUAGUCCUGUCAAACAUAAUAUGUAUUUACUUCUAAGUACUGCAGAAUUUGUUUCUGCUGUAAUAUUUUGGCACUCAUUCUUUUUUUUUUUUUUUUUUUCAUUAGGCUGUAUGACUCAUUUCUGUCUUUCUAGAAGGGGCAUGUUUCUACCAUGAUACGGCUAUUCUGGAGUAAGCUUUUUCAAAUUUUCUCUCUGAAAUAUUUUUGCAAAAUCAGCAGGGUACUAGCUUGCCUUCUUUUCUUGUGUGUAAAUUAAUUAGAGUUACAGCAGCCAAUCAUAGUAAAGAUGGUGCCAAACCUGCUAUACUGCAACAAAAGGGUGCUAUUUGACAGUAGACAGAAUGCUGACUAAAUACGUAUGUAGCUAUAAUAAGUGCUGUACAACACAAAUAAAUAAAUAUUCAGAAUGUACUAUUUACUGGAAAGUUAAAUGGCUUAGUAGUAACAGACAAUGUUAUCUCUGGGAUUUGAGGUAGUCUUUCCAUUUUCCCCUUUCUGAAAUAGCUAAUUCAGUUCCAUGAAGUUUGAAACUAAGUAAUUGUGUGGUGCCAGAGCACCAUAUUAACAAGGGACACAUGAAUGAUUUUAGCAAAGUGCAGUUGUAAGCAAGCUUGUUCAUUUGCAUAAGCCCUUUUCUACAAGAUACUUAAUACUGUCUGUGUUUUGCCUUGUUAGCAGUCACACUGAUAUCAGUUAAAGAGAAUCUUGCUGGACUGGGAAUGUUGCUUGUUUACUGCACAUAAAUUGCUUUGAUAAUGCUAGCCCAUAUGAAAAAUGCUUUGUCACUUUUCUUAAGAAUUACAGCUACAGAAGAGAGGAAUCAUGCUAGAUCUGAAUGUAACUCUAAAGCAGGAAAAAAAGAACCUUAAAUUUGAAAGCUAACAUUGGCACAUAUAAUAUAGCAGAAGAUGGGAAAGCUUAAUCAAACAUAAAGGGAUGAGGGCCUCUGACAUUCUUUCAAAACCAGAAAGGAAUAAUUUCUUGGUUUUAACUUAAUGUUGAGAGUAGAGCUAAUGUCAGCUCUGGACUGUUGGCAGUUUGAAAUGUAGAGGUCUACAGUUUAAAUUAGCAGAGACUUACAAUUUUUUAAUUUAAGAAAAAUCUGGGUGGUGGAUGUUUGCUUUUUGGCUUUGUAUAUACAUUUAUCAUUUAUCUUUUUAUAAUUCUUCAUUGUUGUUGUUCUGUUUCUGCAGUUGAAUUAUUCUUGUCAACUUACUUUUAGAUUUUUUUAUAUCUUAAAGAUGCUGCCUCUUAGGGAGAUCUGCUUUUACAGAAGUGCAGACAAGCUUUAAAACUAACAGUACAUCUUAAUGUUUGCUUAGCAGAAUGAAGGCCCUAGUUAAGGCUAGUUUAUCUCAUUCAGUAUUCUGCCUUGAAUAAUUAAAAGCAAAACCAUAGUCCCUUUUUUAUCGUAAAGCAUUGUCAGUGAAGGAUCAGGACAAAAUGAAUAAUUCUUAUACUUUGUGCUUGACUCGUUAGUUAGUGCCUGGCUGCAAAAGCACAGUUGCAUCUCAGCUCUUGAUUCUCUAAAGCAUAUAUGAGCAGACCCCUUGAUAUCUGUGAAAAGAGCAGGAUUUGGGAAAGAAUAGGAUUAUUCUACAGAUUCUUACAGUGAUACAAGCUGGAAAGCAGCCUCUGGAGGCCUUAAUCCUACCUCUCACUCAGAUUAGGGCCAACUUCGAGCAGUUGCUCAGAGAAUUGUCCAGUUAAGUUUUCAGUAUUUCUAAGAAUGGAGAUUUCACAAGUUCAUAAUAUCUUUAAUAUAGAUUCUUAAUUUCUGUUUAAAUUAUUUGUGAAGUACCUGGUAAUGUGCACAGUGUAACUUAUAUUCUAAAACACUAGUGGUUAUUACCCUGACUACAGGUGCUGGAAAUGGUUGAGGGUAGAGUUCUCUGCCUAUGUAUAUGUCAAGUCCACAAAACAGCUGUGGAUUACCUCUAGCUCUGUUUUUUGGGGGUGGAUGCAUACUUGGUUCAAAGUGUACUAAGGCCUUUUUAACAACCCAGGAGCAGCUUAGUGCCUUUUCAAAUGACCUGUGAUUUGAUGCAUAAUAGCAAAACUUUUGCUUUGAAUUUCUUCAAAUGUCUUUGAACAUCAGAACAAAUUUAUGAAACUUUGAUUCAUAAUUUGACUUGGUUGCCUUGUCAGCUGGUCCUGUCAAUUGCACUUUUUUUGCACACUGAUAGAUUGAGGUCCUUUUUAUGCCUAAGAUAUUCCACAUACCUGAGAUUUGCCUUCAUAUGACAUUUUCUGAUUACAGAAACACAGGCAAACCUGUGUUUGUAUGCUGAGAAAACUAUUUGCCUCUCUUGAUAAUACUGCCAGUGUGGUUUGUGUGAUCAAAUAUCUUGCCCUCCUCUGAUUCAUGUCAGUAGGAGAGUCAUGAGUUUUGGUGUUUUUUUUUUUUUAUAAGGGAUGUGGACCUACUACUUGGCAUUGUAUACCAUUAGGUCAUACUGCUGUUUUUCAAAUUAGAGGUCACUUGCUUACAAAAAGCAUUGUUUUACCUUUGCCUUUCGCCCUGGUAUGUUGUUAACUAGAGCAGGACUACCAGACUUAGUGUUGUUACCAUUGUGCUGAAAGGAUUGUGUACUGGUCAGAUUGCACAGAAUUUUUUCUUCAGAUUAACUUUAUCUUUUAACUGUCUUCUGAAGAUUUAUUUGCUAUAUACAAGGCUGUUUGCCUGCUCUUUUCAAAGCAAAUUCUAACAGUGAGGAAUUAUGAAUUAUUUCAAAAAAGAAUGGAAAAAUUCUGAGGUAUUUAACUUCAGGGUUUUAUUGAGGGGAGGAUGGGGGGCAGGAACAAAAUUGGACCAAAGUUUAUGUGCCUUCAGUAGUUUUACAUGUAGGGUUUUUUCAUAUCUGUUGCUGUCUUAAGUAUAAUAAAUAAAUUUUUUCCCCUGGAUAUUGUAUAUUUAUAUUGUUAAGAAUGAAUGUUGUCCACUGACUAUACAAGAAGUGAAUUACAGCUGUUUCAAUACAGAUUUAAUUAUUUCUCUGCUUUUACCAUUGCAGGUUUUUUUCUUUUGUACUGCAAUAUGCAGGAAUCCAAACAUAACCUGCAUAUUUCUAACUUUGAAUAGUAAUAACAUGUUGUGCCUGGAGCAGUCCCAAAGAAAAAAAAUGCUGACGUAGUUGAAGGUCUGUUGAUGGAUCUAGAAAGCUUUUAUCUUAGCAUACUAAUGUCAUCACUGUAAGCAGUUUUUCAGUUCUUGGAAACUGUGCAUUAUUUGUGAGUAGGAAGCUACCACCCUUGUACUUAGUUAAUUUAAAGCACUUUCCAAUUCUUUUUGAUAUGUUAUCCACUUUCUGCAAAUGUUCACCCUCGAACUGCAGCAGCACAAGACAAAGGUUGCUAACCAAGCAGAUUCUUGCAUCAGAAUGUCACCUCACUCUGUGACCAAAGACUGACUGUUCUGGUUUUACUGAGGCAUUUUGUGGAAAACCUGUUUUCUCUCGUGCUCCUUUCUGAUGGGAAGACCCAAUGCAAAGUGGCCUUUAUUUGAGACUACUAUUGGUGGAUGAAACACAGUGGAAAAUGAGAUCGUAAUGUGAACCAAAUGGUGCGAGAUAAUGCAAAAGGUUAAUGGACUACUUUUAGUGCUGUAUUCAAGACACACAACGCAUAGCUAAGAAUUGCUGACAUUCCCUCAUUUUACACGAUCUGUUCAAAAAAGUUCCCUUUCAGUUUAUAAAAAGUGUUCAUCUAGCACAAGAAAAUGCUGUAAAUAUUUGUAACAUCAUGUUUUGGUUUUUUUAAACCUGGCAAAAAAGUGUUUUGGGGAACAAAUGGAAGUGUAAAAUUUUUUUAUGUAAAAAACCAAUUGUCUUGUAUAUUUUAGUAAGCAACCGCUUUCAUUCGUAAACAUCUCAUGGCAUUGCAGAAAAAGGAUUCCAUGUCUGUUGAGAUGACUUAAUAUUACGUCUUCUUUUCAGUUUUAAGGAAACCUAUUUUCUGACUGUGUAGUGCAUGGUUAAUUUGAUUUUGUUUAUGCUUCAAUAUAUUCUCUUUCUUUUAGGUUAGUAUAUUUGAUGAUUACUUGGUAUCUAUACCUAACUCUUCUUAGCUCUAGUUGUUGUAACAUGCAUUUUAAUAAAUGUGAUUACAGUUGUAUUCUAUCAAA